CACGCAUGCGCUCUCCCGCAGCAGCGACAGACCGGUAGGGGAGGCGACCCCCGGCGGUUUGCUGCUCCUGUGGAGGCGCGAUGGGGAGGGGUUGGGCUGGGGCUGAGGUAGGAAGGCGCCCAGCCCUCCACGGUAGUUCCUGAGUCGUGAUGCGAGCGUGGGUCCUUCUCUCCGCGGUGCUCUGGUACCUCACAGGAGUUGGAUGGCAGCGUUCUUCCUUACUCAGUAAGAAAGGCUUCAUCUAUGGCAAGCCAGGACACCCAGUGAAAAUAUAUGUAAAAUUACAUCAAAAUAGCCCAGUCCUUAUCUGUAUGGAUUUUGUACGUUCUAGAAAAGAAACAGUGGAUCCCACCUACUUAUGGGUUGGGCCAAAUGAAAAGACAUUAACAGGAAAUAAUAGAAUGAAUAUAACAACAACAGGAAAAUUGAUAGUGAUUGAUUUUAUGGAGGCUUUGUCUGGACUUUACACGUGUACUCUUUCUUAUAAGACUGUUAAAGCAGAAACCCAAGAAGAAACUGUAGUAAAGAAGAGAUAUGAUUUCAUGAUCUUUGCCUAUCGGGAACCUGAUUAUUCAUAUCAGAUGGCUGUACGUUUCACUACCAAGUCUUGUGCAGGAAGAUAUAAUGACCUGCUCUUUAGAGUGCUGAAGAAAAUCUUGGAUAAUUUAAUCUCUGAUUUGUCAUGUCAUGUCAUAGAACCAUCAUAUAAGUGCCAUUUUGUUAAAAUUCCAGAACAUGGUCUCGUACAUGAGCUGUUUAUAGCCUUUCAAGUUAAUCCUUUUGCACCAGGGUGGAGAAGUGCAUGUAAUGCAUCUGCUGACUGUGAAGAUAUCACUAAUCAUAAUAUCCUCCAGGCAAGAGAUCGGAUAGAAGAAUUUUUUCGAAGUCAAGCAUAUAUUUUCUAUCAUCACUUUAAUGAAACUCUACCAGCUAUGCAUUUUGUGGACCACAGUUUUCAAGUAGUACGUUUGGAUAGCUGUCGACCAGGCUUUGGAAAAAAUGAAGGUCUACACAGUAAUUGCGCUAGCUGUUGCGUGGUUUGUAGUCCUGGCACUUUCAGUCCUGAUGUUGAUGUUACUUGUCAGACCUGUGUUUCUGUCCAUAUCUACGGAGCUAAAUCUUGCCCAUAAACUCCAAACAGAAAUCAGCAUUGUGAAGAUUAGAGGUGAAGGCAUUAUCACUUGCAUGCCUGUGGAGAUGGGGUACCUAAGAUGAUUUGUUCACAUCCCAGA